CCAGUAGGAAAGCAGGGCCCCACCUGCACCAGCCUAGAGCAAUAGGGGCUCCUUGCAGAGGGGCUACCUGCAGAGGGGACACCAGGGCCCAAAUGCUUCACAGUGGGACAGUGGCAGCAAUCCCGCUCAGAGCAGCCUCAGCCUGAAGUCUUAUUUGCAUACCCUCCUCCUCAUAAUGAGAAUAGUCCAGUUCUAGUCAGCCAAGAUGAACCUCAUGGACAUCACCAAGAUCCUCUCCCUCCUGCAGCCCGAAGAGGAGGAGGAGGACAUUGACACCGGGGAGAAGCAGGCUCUCAAUCAAGCAGUAUAUGACAACGACUCUCAUACCUUGGAUCAGCUUCUAUGUCAAGAGCGUUACAAACGUUUCAUUAACAGCAGGAGUGGCUGGGGUGUUCCUGGGACACCUUUGCGUUUGGCUGCUUCUUAUGGCCACUUAAGCUGUUUGCAGGUCCUCCUAGCACAUGGUGCUGAUGUUGACAGCUUAGAUGUCAAAGCACAGACACCACUUUUCACUGCUGUCAGUCAUGGCCAUCUGGACUGUGUGCGUGUGCUUUUGGAAGCUGGUGCCUGUCCUGGUGGUAGCAUCUACAACAACUGUUCUCCUGUGCUCACAGCUGCCCGUGAUGGUUCUGUUGCCAUCUUGCAGGAGCUCCUAGGUCAUGGAGCAGAUGCCAAUGUCAAGGCUAAACUACCAGUGUGGGCAUCGAACAUAGCUUUAUGUUCUGGCCCCCUCUAUUUGGCUGCAGUCUAUGGGCACCUCGACUGUUUUCGCCUGCUUUUACUCCAUGGGGCAGAUCCUGAUUACAACUGCACCGAUAAGGGCCUAUUGGUUCAUGUUCCCCAGCCCCGAACCCUCCUUGAAAUCUGCCUCCACCAUAACUGUGAGCCAGAGUAUAUCCAGUUGUUAAUUGAUUUUGGCGCUAACAUCUACCUUCCAUCUCUCCCACUGGAUAUGACCUCGAAAGAUGAUAAAGGUGUUGCAUUGCUGCUACAGGCCAGAGCUACUCCACAGUCGCUCCUAUCCCAGGCCCGUUUAGUUAUCCGCAGAGCCCUGCACCAGGCCAACCAGCCACAAGCCAUCGACCAGCUGGAUAUUCCCUCCAUGUUGAUUACCUACCUGAAACACCAACUGUAAUCUUGAAGUAUUCCCAGGAGUCCAUGAUGCCUUCAAGAACCACUUGAAGACCAGGUAGCUGGAGAAAACUACAGUUCUAUGCACUUGAGCUGCUCUCCCAUA